CCGCAGUGACCACAUCCCUCCAGGUUGCCUUGGAAACACUCCUCAGGACAGGGGUGCCAGCACAGUUGCUCAGCAAUAGGUGGUGCCCUCCCUUCCGCCUUCAUCUGAGACUUCUGCCCAGUGUCUUUCCGCCUUUCCAAAGGCACUAGGAAGAGCUACUCUGAAGGAAGAGGGGAGCCCAGACUGAACGACGUGAGGUGAGGCGAGCAGAAACCCCUCAUGGGCGGGAACCCCUGGGGGCAGCAGCCAUCACUUCCUCUAUGGUGCUUCCUCUCCUGACCCUGUCUCUCCGGGUGCCUUCAACUCCUGAGCAGCCCUCUGGGUACAUGGAGGGGCCCUCUGCAUCAGAGCCGGGCUCGUGGUCCCCACUGCCCUGUGGACCCUGCAUCCCCAUCAUGCUGGCCCUGGCCUGCCUGGCCGCCCUCUUCCUCCUCACCACGUUUGUGCUGGCCGAGCGCCUAUUCCGCCGCUCUCUGCACCCAGACCCCAGCAGCCGCGCACCCACCCUGGUCUGGCGUCCUGGAGGGGAGCUGUGGAUCGAGCCCACAGGCACCCCCAGAGAGCGCUCCGAGGACUGGUAUGGCUCUGUGGUCCCCUUAAUGAUGGACCAGGCUCCAAACCCUCCUACCCCCGGGGGCACCUUGGAGGCCCGAGCAACAGCCCCACCUGCCCCUUCAAUUCCACACUUCCCUCCCAAGUCCUUAGCCCCUCAGCCCCCGCCCAAACCCCAGGUCAGCAGCACCUUCUGGGGUCCCCAGGUCUGGCAGGAGAGGUCCCACGCCCCAGGCCUGGUGAGCUGGGCUGAGCCUGAACAGAGGCCCGAUGCCAGUGUGUAUCUGGGGAGCCCCCAGGCUCAAAGGCAGAGGCCAGGAAGCCCCGAUCCUGAGUGGGGCCUCCAGCCUCGGGUCACCUUGGAGCAGAUCUCAGCUUUCUGGAGGCGGGAAAGCCGGACCAGUGUGGGUUUCUGAAUCCCCAGGGCCUGGAGGACGAGCCUCCCAGAGCACUGAGGAAGGCCCACCCUCUUAAAGACUUUGAGACCCUGAGGCUCUAGCCGGGGAACCCAGCUGGCACCUGAAGCAGCCUCAGGAAAGCUUGCCCCAGGUUUUUCACAUCUGGAUUUCAAUUCCACUGGAUUUGGGUUUGGGCAGGCUGGGUGUGGACAGAGCCUGUGCUGCAGAGGAAGUCGAGAGGUGCCGAGAACUGGAGGUGGGGCUGACUCUGGGCCAGAAGCCAGGAAAUCACACUGCUGGUGAAGAACUCAAGGUACCAGCCAGGCAUGGAACACCAUCACCACAGGUGCCUCUAGUAUGCAUCUAAGAUGCCAGUGUCAGAAGGAAGGGGUCCCACAGAUCCUCAAGUACAGACAGUGCGGUGGUGACCAGUGUCAGCGGUGCUAGCAGGAGAUGACAGGAAUCCAGCUUCCAGAGCCACAAACCAUCCCUCCAGGAAAACGCAUAAAGAGAGGCCAAGACCAGGCAGAGGAGCAUCUUCUAUAUAUGAACUGUGACUUUGAGCCCCAGCUCACAGUAGGAAACUUGAGGAGCCAAACUGGAGAGACGCGCUCUGGCAUGCAGCGGGGACCCGGAGUCCAAACCAUCGGACUUGUCUGCCUGUCCUCUGUAAGACUGACACAUGCCAGCCGUCGGAAUCUUACCCCUCCAGGUGAGGGAGCCCUGGGUCAAGGAGAUCUGAGGUUGAUCCAAUGUGCAAAGAGUGCUGUCCCAGGCCAGGGUGGCUCCCAGGACAUGCCUCUGGCCAUCUUCCCUCCCAGCUUGCUGGGCUGUUCCAGAGAGACAGAGUUCCCCCCAGACGGGCUUACUUAUAACGCUCCACCUGAGAAACGGAGCCCCAAAAUGUCCUUGGUCCUAAAGCCAUCUGUAUCAGCUGACCUCCUCUUUGGGAGGAGGUCCAGGGGCUGGGGACAGACGGAGUUUCCAUUCCCCAGAGGUCUGAUUUCCCGAAAGGUAGGAUGUUUGCCAUAUCAGUUUACCACCUGUACCCUUAUUUACUUUACACUUUCCUUUACAUUGGUUUCCUAUUUGCGUAAUAAAUUUAUUUUCAAAGGAAUCUUUUUUUGGAUCACCUCUGUAAAUGGAAAGCCAUUAUCACUUGCCAUAAAUAGAAGGUAACACAUGAAAAGAAAUACAAUGUAAACAAAGAUUUUAAAGUCUAAGUGGACACUGUUUCCUGCUGGAGGCACUGACCCACGGAUGGGUUCUUUUCUUUGUUAAAAGGAACGGAUGGGAUCAAAUAUAUGGUGAUGGAAGGAGAACUGACUCUGGGUGGUGAACACACAAUGGGACUUAUAGAUGAUGUAAUACAGAAUUGU